UUGAAACUUGAAAUAUAUUGGACUCUUCGGUUUGAGUUUGAGUUUCCGAAUUUUCACUUGAGUCUUCGAGCUCCGGUCCCCGAAUCUCUGACCGGAGAAAAUCCUGCGAAAGCCGCAGUAUGGGUUGCGCUGGAUCGCGUGAUAAAGUAGACGAAGCUCCUAAGAAGAUCCGGAAGCCCAAGCCAUGGAAGCAUACAGAAGCAAUAACUCGGGCACAACUAACACAGAUGCGUGAGGAGUUUUGGGACACUGCCCCACAUUAUGGUGGUAGGAAAGAAAUAUGGGAUGCUCUCCGGGCUGCUGCUGAGGCUGAUUUGACUCUUGCACAGACAAUUGUUGACAGUGCCGGUGUUAUCGUUCAGAAUCCCGAUUUGACCAUCUGUUAUGAUGAGAGAGGUGCUAAAUAUGAGUUGCCGAAAUAUGUCUUGAGCGAGCCCACAAAUUUGAUUCGUGAUAGUUGAGGAAAGAAAAUAAAAACAGAACUCGUGGAGACUGUACAUCGUGUAAAUUGGGUUCGUUACGAUUUUGUUUUUUCAAUUUUUCUGAUUUGUGUCCAACUCUAUCAACUUGUAGCAUGGAGUUCUUGUUCAAUGAUUGACAGUAACUGGCUUAAUGUCCAUGAGUGGAAAANAAAAAAAAAAAAAAAAAUAGUAUUCAUUGCUAAAGAAUGAGUAGAGUCCCUAUAUUUUGGACAGCCAAAGAGCUCCUGUAUUUGUUUACUUUUCUGGGUUUGGGUUGUACAAAACAUCUUGUUUCCUCCUAUGAGAACAAAAAUUCUCUCAUAUUUUCAACCUGAUUGUGAAAUUGUUCUUUAAACCGAACAUUUUUUAAUUCGAAC